AUGAAAAUGAACAGAAAGGCAGCUCUGGAUGAAAAUCGCAUAGCGCCAUCGUAUCUUGAAUCGAACAUCCGUCAGUGGAUACGAAGCGGCAACGUCGGCAGACUCAAGCAGCUGGUGCUUUCUGGAUGCGGCGAUUUGCUUCUCAAGCAUACAACCACUAAUCCUGACUCUGCAGCCUUUCUAAAGCAUCUCACUACUUAUCUGGAUGAGAUAGAAGAAGUUCACAAAACGAUCAAGGAAGGAAAUUUAGCUCGUGUAAAGGAGUUGUUAGCUUCCCAGAAGCUGGCUUUGGCCCGGAACAAACAUGGCUGGUCGCCGCUUCAUACUGCCAUCGUUUAUGAACAAACCGAAAUUAUUCGUUAUAUCAUUAUGCAAUUUCCAUCGGUUUUGAAUGCUCCCGAUUAUAACAAGCGUACACCGAUGCACUACGCGGCAGCCACUCGUGAUGGCGGACAUUACGUGAAAAUUCUGAGCAAAGGCGGAGCUGAUCCACUGGCUGUGGACAAUGAAGGCCGCACUCCGGAUUAUUACCGUCGAAACACAGUGAUUGAUUUGAAACUGAUCAGAGAUGACGACCAGGAGAGUGAAAUCUUACCCGAGGAAUUCGAGGAUGAGGCACCACAAAUCGAUUCACUACAGAGCAGUGAUUCCACUUCGGCUGCGAGUUCGCCAUCUGAAUCGCCUCAUUUGGAUGAACGGGAUGAAUUCGAUCGGAGCAGCUACGAGCGUUUUGUUUCAGAGCGAAUUGAACUGUUGCCAACUACCGAAAAUGGUCUUUACCUCGCCAGAACUGUUGCUCCUGUCCUUACGAAAGCUCUCGCUGAGGUUCAGUUUUUUGAACUAAAUUGUUAUUUCUCGUAG